AUGCUCCAGAUUUACAAGGAAGAGGAGCUCGUUGUCCCGGAGGGCGUCACGGUUGCCGUCAAGGCCCGUGUCAUCACCGUCACCGGCCCGCGUGGCACGCUCCAGAAGAACGCGCAGCACGUCGCCAUGUCGAUCCGCGUCAUCGAGCAGAAGGUUGGCCCGGCCAAGGUCAAGCUCGUCGUGUGGCACGGCGCGCGCAAGCACGUUGCGUGCCUGCGCACGAUCCGGUCCCAGAUCGAGAACAUGAUCACGGGCGUCACGUACGGCUUUGCGUACAAGAUGCGCCUCGUGUACGCGCAUUUCCCCAUCAACGUCAUCAUCGCCGACGACAAGAAGAGCGUCGAGAUCCGCAACUUCCUCGGCGAGAAGCGCGUCCGCAACGUCGAGCUCCUCGAGGGUGUCACCAUCUCCGAGUCCAAGGCGCAGAAGGACGAGAUCGUCCUCGAGGGCAACGACGUCGACAUGGUCUCGCAGUCGGCCGCGUCGAUCCACGGCUGCACCCUCGUCCGCAACAAGGACAUCCGCAAGUUCCUUGACGGAAUCUACGUGAGCGAGAAGGGCAACGUCGUCGAGAAGGAGGCGUAA